AUGGAGCUGGCCCGCAUAGUCACCUUGUUCUCUCUCCCGCUAAUCCUCCAGGGAAGCCCCCCACCUCUUCCAUUCAACCUGACAAAUGCCAGAGCAACCAACCUGGACUCAGUUUGUGGACGCCCACUUGUAUCAGGCCGAAUCAUGUCCGGGCAGGAUGCCCAGCCAGGCCAGUGGCCAUGGCAGGUCAGCCUCAAGGAGUAUGGACAGCAUGUGUGUGGGGGCUCCUUGAUCACCAAGGACUGGGUGCUGACUGCAGCCCACUGCUUUGACCGGAACCAACCACUGCAAGCCUACGUUGUGAUGCUGGGCACCAUCUUCUCCUACCCCCCGAUCAGCCAGUUUCCGCACUACCGCUCGGUGGCCCAGUUCAUCCCCCACCCGAGCUACAAGGACAGGCACAGCAGUGGGGACAUCGCCCUGGUGCAGCUGGCCUCCCCAGUCAACCUCAGUGAACUCAUCCUUCCAGUCUGCCUCCCCAAACCUGGAGACCCACCGGGCCAUGGCACCUGGUGCUGGGUGACUGGCUGGGGGAACAUCAACUCCAAUCAAGCAAGCCGAGGACCCUCUCCCCUCUAUGGCCCUGCCUUGGAGUCCACGGACCCUCCGGUUGGGGCGCUGCCGCUGGUGCAGCUGUCGGCGGGAGUGCCUGCUUGGGCGGACUCCCAGAAGCCAGUGCUGAGGGGCGCCUCAGCCCGGCCCUGGAGCAGCCAGAAGCAGAGGGGGCGCCAAACGGCGGCGGGAGGGGAGGCCAUGGGCGCUCCGGUGGCGGUCGCGGGCUCGGUGCUGCUGCUGGUGCAGCUGCUGGUGCGAGUAGAACUCGACAUGCUGGGGUGGCCGGAACAAGAAACGCUGUUUCCAGGCUUCGAGAACUCGUCGUUCCUCUCAUUCCAGUUCGGUCUGUCCGUCCCAGGGCCCUGUGGCCGCCGGGCUGUCGGGACACGUGUGGUGGGCGGCAAGGACGCGACGAUCGGGCGCUGGCCCUGGCAGGGCAGCCUGCGCCUGUUCGGUUACCACUCCUGUGGGGCGAGCCUGCUCAACCGGCGCUGGGUGCUCUCCGCGGCGCACUGCUUUGAAAGGAACACUAACCCCAGUACGUGGACAGUCCAGUUUGGUGAGCUGUCUGCCGCGCCAUCUAUCUGGAACCUGCAGGCCUACCGCAACCGUUACCAGGUGGAGCAGAUCGUUAUGAACCCCAGGUACCUGGGGGCUUCAGCCUAUGACAUUGCCAUGCUGAGGCUGGCCUCGCCUGUCACCUACUCUAAGUACAUCCAGCCCAUCUGUGUCCUCACCUCUUCCGAUGAGUUCCAGAACCGGACUGACUGCUGGGUGACCGGCUGGGGGGACAUCCAAGAAAAUGAGGAUCUGCCGGCUCCCUACACCCUCCAGGAAGUGGAGGUCGGCAUCAUAAACGCCACCAUGUGCAACUACAUGUUCACACAGCCUUCUUACCGCUACAACAUCUGGGGAGACAUGAUUUGUGCCGGCGAUGCUCAAGGCGGCAAGGACGCCUGCUUCGGUGACUCAGGCGGACCCUUGGCCUGCGAAAGGAAAGGGCUGUGGUAUCAGGUUGGAGUCGUGAGCUGGGGAGUGGGCUGUGGUAGGCCUAACCGACCCGGUGUCUACACCAACGUCAGUACUCACUUCAAAUGGAUGCAGACGCUGAUAGCCCGUAGCAGCAUUCACAGGCCACCCCCCUGGCUGCUGCUGAUGCUCCUUCUCCUUCUCUGGACUGCCCCGUUCCUGCAGCCAGCCUGA